AUGAUUAUAACCGUUGAAGCGAACACAUUGGAAAUAUCUUCGUCAUUAACGCGACGGCUCAAAGUAACUCUCAUUGAAGUCGACAAUCAUCAUUUUGAAAGGAACAAACCAAGUCGAACUGAAAGAGUCUUAAAUGAAGGGGAUACAAUUGAUGUGGGAUACUCGGAGAUUCAGUUUCGACUAGCAUAUGAUCCCAUAAUAGUAUAUUACGAGAACUUGCCGAGUGAAAAAGAGAUUGAAGUUUUGGAGGCAUGCGAGAAAACGGGUAUAAAAGCUCUAGUAGGCAACCCAUGGAAAAUGAAAAAAUGCACCCAUCUCAUUAGCGCAGUAGCCUCAUGCACCGAAACAAUAAUGAUCGCACUAAUCAAAGGCAUUCCUAUAAUUUACUCGACAUGGUUAUCAGAACUUGCAUCCGAGGCGUAUAUGAAAAGAAUGCAGCAUUCUUACACGCUUCCAGACUACAGACUACACCUACCACCAAUAUCAUUCUCAAUACCCACCUCACCAUCUUCAUCUUUCCACAAUAACGAUAACAGAAGAUAA